AUGGCCUCCCAACCUGCAUCUUCUCUUCCCAACGUCUCCUGCCUUGUGUCCAUUAAACUUGACGGCGACAACUACACACUUUGGCUAGCUCAAUUUCUUCCUGUCCUGCGCAGCAAUGAACUUAUGGGCUAUGUCGAUGGAACAAAGCCCUGCCCAAGAAAACUUCAAGAUGAUGGUACAACCAUAUCAGCUGAUUAUAUUACAUGGCAGAAGCAAGAUCAGCAACUUCUGAGUUGGAUAGUUUCCACUCUCAGUCCCACUGUUUUGGCAACAGUUACAAGGUGUGCAACCUCUCAGGAGGUGUGGCAGUCUUUGCAACGUCGGUAUUCUUCUCAGUCUCGAUCUCGAGUACUCCAAUUAAAGCAUCAGCUACAAACAACAAAGAGGGGUAAUUUAUCCAUUACCGCCUAUAUAGAUAAGAUGCGCAACAUCGCUGAUAAACUUGUCCUUGCAGGCAAGCCAGUUGAUGAUGAGGACUUCAUCGACCUUAUACUUAAUGGUGUUGGUGCUGCAUUUGAAAGCACUGUCAAUUCAAUUUUAAGUCGGGAAAAAGCUGCGACACUUGAUGAUGUAACAGCUUUAUUACUUAACGCAGAAACCCGAAUGGAAGAUUAUCAUUCUUCCCUUCCUUCUGAUGGCACCUCUAAUGCUUUAUUUGCCUCCCAACCACACAGUUCUUAUCAAGGACGCGGUCGUGGUGGUUCCUUUGUUUCUAGGGGCCGCGCAGGCUCUUCCUCUGGCAAUCGCAGUGGUUUUACCAACUCUGGCCCAACAGUCAAUCGUGGUGGCAGUUCGUUUUCUGCAAGUCGUGGUUCCAAUUCCUUUCGGAGUAAUUUCAAUUCCUCCCGACCAGGUGCUCUUUCUCAAGGUCGUGGUGGAACUUAUGGCUCAUUCUUAGCUCCUUCUACGAACCAGGUUCGAUGCCAGUUUUGUGGUGGCUUUCGCCAUACUGCGAUUAAUUGUCAUCGCUUGACUAAUCUGUUAGAAGGUCGUAUGCCUCCUCAACAACUUUCCUCUACUGCAUUGGUUGCUGCAUCUCCAUCUGGACUUGAGAAAACAGAUACAUGGUAUGCUGACAGUGGUGCCUCAACCCAUGUUACUGCUGAUUUAGGCAAUCUUCAACUUCACACUCCAUACCCGGGUUCGGAUCAAGUGGCUGUUGGUAAUGGUGCAGGUUUGGCCAUUUCAAAUAUUGGUUCAACUAGUCUAUCUGGUUUUAAACUGAAUCAUGUGUUACAUUGUCCCUCUGUGUCUGCCAACUUGUUAAGUGUUAACCAAUUUGCAAAAGAUAACAAUUGUUAUUUUAUCCUUACUUCUGAUUCCUUUUUUGUGAAGGACACGCUAACGGGGAAGACGCUUUUCCAAGGCAAGAGUGAAAAUGGAUUGUAUCCAUUUCGUCCGUCACUGCCAGUUUUUAAAGCAUUUGCUGUGAUUGGUGAACGUACAUCCUCAUUUGUUUGGCAUCAACGUCUAGGUCAUCCUUCAAGUGUUGUUUUUCAGAAAAUUGCUUCCUGUGUUCCACUUAGUCAUUCUGAGUCUAAAUUUUGUUCUUCUUGCCCUAUGGGCAAAAGUACAAAGCUUCCAUUCUCUUUGUCUAGUUCUGUUUCG